AUACAAUAUAGUGCAGUGUAUAACAGAAUACCCAUUCGCCAUGCUUGAAUAUAAAAACCUCACGUAUUCGCAUGCAAAUUUACGAUAAGACUGCUUUGCAGAAUAUUCUUUUGCUAAUCUGGAAAAAAAACAGAAUAAAGCUUUGAGACUGACAUUGAAUCUGGGAUGUGUAAAAUCUUUAACGAAUUGAGGAAGUACUAAACGAUCGGACAGAAUCAUGGGAAUAUCGGAUGAAGGCAAGAUGUAUGGUCUUCUUAUAGAAGCCAUAGUGCACUACAUCAAAGAAAACUUUGGUGAAAGUGUGUGGCUGGAUGUGAGGAAGGUAGCUAACAUACAACAAGUAUCAUUUUCCACACACGAACGAUACAGCGAAAAUCUUGUUCCGAACAUAGGACGGGCAUUGUCACAGAUCACAGGGUGCAGCUAUAACGAUCUAAUGGAUGCAUUUGGUGUUUGUUUUGUAUCAUUUGUUGGACAGUAUGGUUACGACAGAAUACUCAAAGUUCUUGGCAGGCAUAUGACGGACUUUCUUAACGGUCUCGACAAUCUCCAUGAAUAUUUAAGAUUCAGUUAUCCAAAGCUUCGUCCGCCUUCUUUCUUCGUUGAAGAAGAAACAACAUCAGGGUUGACAUUGCAUUACCGAAGUAAACGCAAAGGUUAUGUUCAUUAUGUCAAAGGACAAAUUCGGCAAGUUGGCGCUCUAUUUUAUAAUACAAAAGUAGACAUUGACGUCAUAAGUGAGGAGGAGACGGACACCAUGACUCAUGUUGUUAUGAAAUUACAUUUUGACAACACCGCUUACAAAGUAACUCAGGAAAAUAAAGACGAUUUUUCAGUCAACCUUCCUUUGAAUGCGGAUGUGUUUUUCGAACUGUUUCCAUUUCAUAUAGUUUUCAAUGAACACAUGGAAGUAAGAAGUGCAGGCAAUGGUCUGAGAGCCGUGUUUCCUGAUAUGGUUGGACAGACUGUCACUGAUGUUUUUACAAUUGUCCUACCUCUUGUUCCAUUCUCUUGGUUCAGUAUUUUGGCGCAUACAAACAAUGCAUUUGAGCUGCUGUCAACAAAGUGUGUCAGCCGGUAUCAUGACACGGAAAUUGCUGAUGAUUUAGAACCACCAUUGCUUGACAGAGUUCCUAAAAGGAAAACUCCAGGAAGUCGUUUUGAAACAGCCCAUAGUACAGUGGACCAAGAAAAAGAUGUUGAUGAAAGUGGGAUGGUAGGCUACGCAAUUCACCUUAAAGGUCAAAUGAUGUACAUGCCUGAAUGGGAAUCUAUCAUUUUUCUUGGCACUCCUAUAAUGGAGAGUCUUGACAUAAUGUUUAAAACUGGAUUAUAUAUCAACGAUCUCAGUAUGCAUGAUUCAAGUCGAGACCUUGUCCUCGCUGGUACCCAACAAUCUGCGGAGCUCAAACUCGCCUUAGAUCAGGAACAAAAGAAGAGCAAGAUUCUUCAAGAAAGUAUGUUGAAGUUAGAUGCAGAGAUGAAACGAACGGAUUCACUGCUGUACCAAAUGAUACCAAAACAAGUGGCAGACAGAUUAAGAAGUGGUGAACCAGCAAUAUCUACAUGUGAAGUAUUUGAAAACGUGACCAUAUUGUUUAGCGAUGUUGUAGGGUUCACACGAAUUUGUAGCCAAAUUUCACCUAUGGAGGUCGUGUCUAUGCUCAACGCCAUGUAUACAAAGUUCGAUCAGCUCAGUGAACAACACAAUGUAUACAAGGUUGAAACAAUUGGAGAUGCAUACAUGGUAGUGUCUGGUGCCCCAGAUAAGACAAGGUAUCAUGCUCUACACAUAUGCGACAUGUCUCUAGACAUGCUUGAUGCCAUGAACGAGCUGCGAGACCCUUCAACAGACGGCAAUAUGAAAAUAAGAGUCGGUGUUCAUUCUGGAAAUACUGUUGCGGGAGUGGUAGGCAUCAAAAUGCCUCGUUACUGUUUGUUUGGUGACACAGUUAAUACAGCCUCAAGAAUGGAAACAAAUGGCCAGGCAAAUAAGAUUCACAUCAGCGAAACAACGAGACAAGAGCUGAUCGAUUACCCGUAUAUCCUUGAGGAAAGAGGAACAGUUACAGUAAAGGGUAAAGGUCAAAUGAAAACCUAUUGGUUACUAGGCAGAGAUCCAGUCGAGAGUACGCAAGCCAAAUGUCCGUUUGGAUCCAUUCUUCUAGAAGAGCUGUCUAAAGUCAAGAGCAAGAAUGAAGAUAUUUUUACAUCAUCUAAAUCAGGAGGUUUAAACGACCAAGCAGACUUUGCUGAGCUCAGAUCACUCUACUCGCCUGUAUCAUUUGAAGAUGUGAAAAAGACAAUGAGUAAUAACGCAUCACCAAAAGACUCUCCAGCUAAGAAAACCAAUUUGAGUCCAAGAUUGCACAGACAUGGCAAAAACAAUAAUCAUUCCGAAGGUACAGCGUCUCAAGCUUCGAAUGAACAUUGCCCUGUGAAAGACAAAAGUAUGUUCAUAAUUAGAAAGAACGAUCUUCGGAAACCAGGCGAAAGGAACAAAAUGUACGAUUACCAGAAUACGAGUAAAACGUGCCAACUACUUUGAUAUUCUCUUAUACCGAAUAAGCAUAUUGUUUAUCAAGGACAUAACAAUCUUUCAUCUAGCAAUAUUAACUUUAUUUAAAUGUUAAUAUUUUUCUUAUUAUUAAAUUUAUACUAGCAUU